AUGCAAGAGAACAAACGUAAUGCUGCUCCUCGGCCCCUCUCCUCUGCCCCCCAGCCCUGGCUCACCCUCGUGGACAGGCUGUGGUCCAGCUCUGCCUCCUCUAAAUCUAUUUCCCAGUCCCUCCCCAGCCCUCAUUACCAUGAGGAGACAAUAAUGGUUUUCCACGACUCCGUGAAGCUGAUCAAGUUCGCGGACGACACCACCCUCAUUGGACUCAUCUCCAACAACGAUGAGUCCGCCUACAGGAGGGAGGUGGACCGGCUGGUGUCCUGGUGCAGUGGUAACAACCUGGAGCUGAACGCCCAGAAGACAGUGGAGAUGAUUGUGGACUUCAGGAAGAGCACUGUCCCCCCGCCCCCACCCUCCGUGAUGGACUCCCCCAUCACUUCUGUGGAGUCCUUCCGUUUCCUGGGCACCACCAUCACCCAGGACCUCAAGUGGGAGCCGACCAUCAGCUCCCUCAUCAAGAAGGCCCAGCAGAGGAUGUACUUCCUGCGGCAGCUCAGGAAAGCCAAGCUGCCUGCACAGAUGUUGGUGCAGUUCUACACGGCCAUCAUCGAGUCCAUCCUCACCUCCUCCGUCACCGUGUGGUUCGCUGGAGCCACAGUCGGGGACUAA